UGACGUAGUACACAUAGGAAGUGCUCGUCUGGAAGAUGGAAAAACGACUGUAAACAGAAUUUCAUUUCUUUUUAAAUGAUGGUAAGGACAGUGCAACUUUUGAAGUUAUCAAUCUUGAGAUAAAACCUCACAAUGAUAAUGUGAUGGACAUUGAUGUAAUCACACUGACUGUGUAUGCAGGUUAUGUAACAGGAGAAAGAGCAAUGCACGGCCAGAUUGGGAUUCAAACCAAGUGCUCUCCCAACGGUACUCUAAACCGACGCUCUACCAACGGUACUCUAAACCGACGCUCUACCAACGGUACUCUAAACCGAGGCUCUACCAAUUGAGCUACCUGAUUGCCAACAAUUUGCCUAGUCCAGUUCUGCCACAGUUAUUUAUAAAAUAAAAUUUAUAAAAAAAAAAAGAAUAUAACCAAUGUAAUUCCUGGGACUGCAGAUUACUUAUGACAGUCAAGUAGUCUACUGAUCGAACUGAAAGAAAAUUCUUCCUGUCAGAGCCAAUAACAAAUAUCAAGAUGGUUCAUUGCUGUGAAAUUAGCCGUAUGUCUAAAUCAAUAAUGUUCAUUUUCUUCAGAAGUCCUCAACCUGAAGAAUGAUGUCUCAGGUAGAACAGGUACCAGCUCCCUCUGGUCACUUCGGGUCACCAGAUAGCUCUGCAGGGACUCCGGACAGUUUCAACUAUGAGACCAAAUUUAUAGUCCUAAACUUCAUUAGUCGCAACCCUCACAGAUCUAUAAGUCCAAGGAGUGCCAAUGGUGGUACUCCACUUACAAGUACUUCAGAUUCAGAUCAUCAUCUCCAUGGCAGAAAAAGUGCAUCAAAAUCUAUGCCACCAUCUCCACCAAAAAGACACAAGCCCAGGCUUACUGAUUUUAGAGGGGCAUAUCAGAGAGUGUCAGAGGACAACAUUCACUACAAACAUCAACGACACAGAACAUUCCACACUGAUUUGGCUGCCACUGGUAAUGGGAGUGAUUACCAGAUGAGACAGAGAGUUUCUGAGGACAACAUCAGUCACAAACACAAUAAAUCACAUGCCUCUUUUGAGGAGGACCCUAGUCUGGAAUCUUCUUCAUUCUCAAUGAAAAGGCAUGCCAAGCACCAUCAACAAAUGUCAGCCUCUGCAAAUGAUGUGAAUCAUGAAGACAAAUCUUUCCAAGGUAGUUCUGGCAUAGAUGCUGGCUUAAACCAUGAGUCUGGUAAUGGUUUAGAUAGGGAGACACCGCUAAGUCGAAGCUUGAUGUCCCCAGCUCAGUACAGACAAUACACCAUGUCCAAAAUGGGGAGUGAGGUGAGUGGGGACUACAGUUACACUAGUGAUGCAGAUGACGAGGGUGAGGACACCUCGGGUGGGUCAAGUCUGUGGGGGAGUACAGGGGGACUGAGUGGUCUGCGGGGGAGUGUAGACCUGCACCAGGUGGUAUCUAGACUACCCACAGUGCAGAGCGAAUCGGAAAUGGAAAAUGAAACUGUCAUUGACUCUACCACAAUAUACUCUACUAUAGAUGGCACAAACAAUGUGUUUGAGACAGGGGUGCAGUCUAUUGAUAAUUCUCUGUUAGAUGUUAGGACCAGGUCAGCGUGUAAUCUUAGUGACAUCGACUUAGAAAUUGAUUAUGGGGAUUUAGACAGCACAUAUGAAAAUGAUCCAGCAGUUUCCACCAGUAUUUCUCUUGAGGCCAGCAGUAGCAACACCAGUGGGAUAAAAACACUCGACCGCUCUAAGCUAAGAUUGAACAUCGAUGAAUCACAGUCCUGGGCUAACUCUAAGGCUGCCCGCUAUGAGGCUGUGGCACGAUCCCUGAGGUCUGAGAUUGAGGACGAAAUGACAUCACUGGAAUCAGAAGUAGAAGAGGCUAUCAAAAGACAUGUGAUUCCUUCAAACCAUUCCCCUUUUAUGACGCCCAUGACACCCCAGACCCAGGCGGCGAAGGUCCUUGCCCGGAUUGGUGAUGAGGUGAUGGACCAGUAUGAAGAGCAGUUGGACAAAUCUGUGGCUGCUCUAAUGCAGUACAGUCAAAACCUCACCUAUGACACCUUUUGUGAUGUUGCUAAAGAUGUCCUUGACCGUGACCUUCCAGAAAUGAAACAGGUGGCCCUGUUGAUGGUGUACAGCCAGAAGGCAGCAUGGCGACUAGUGGAGAGUGGAAACCAGGGGAUCGGGAACCUUGUGGAUUAUACAGCCAGACUAGUAGCUGAUCGUGCUGCAGACUUCAUCAUCAAGCAUGGUGGAUGGGGUGCAAUAGUGAGCUCCUCUGAUUCCAAUUUGUCCUCCGACUCACUGGAUGAUGUGUCUCCACUUCACACAUUUGAAGAUCUAUCCGUAGCAUCACCUGUUCCCAAUUCUAUUGGGCACAUGAACUCUGACCCUGGUGAUAUCUCAGCUGUGGACCAACCCCUAGCAGACCCUGUACUGGACUCAUCAGUAAAUAACAAUUCUUACACAGAGAAUCAGAGGCUUAUCACUGCAGAACUACCCCAGUUACCAGCAGGACUUGUUGAUCCCAGCAGUUCUUCUAGUGAUGAGGAUGAUCAGCAAGGUCAGGGUCAUCCCGUAGUUCCAUGGUACCACUGGUUUGUUAUACCAGAGCAUGUAGCAAUGUUGUCUUGUACAGUGGCUGCUAUAGGGCUGGGGCUCCUGCUAUCUAAUACAAGGUAGGUUACAGCAAAGGAUUCUGGUGUUUGCUAUUAGUGCUCUUUAGGUAAGAGCAUACAGCUGGGACUUUUUCUAUCUAAUACUGGGUAGGGUUAAGUAUACAGCUGAGUCUUUUUCUAUCUAAUUCUGGGUAGGGUUAAGUAUACAGCUGGGCCUUUUUCUAUCUAAUACUGGGUAGGGUUAAGUAUACGGCUGAGUCUUUUUCUAUCUAAUACUGGGUAGGGUUACGUAUACAGCUGGGACUUUUUCUAUCUAAUGCUGGGUAGGGUUAAGUAUACAGCUGGGACUUUUUGUAUCUAAUACUGGGUAGGGUUAAGUAUACAGCUGGGACUUUUUCUAUCUAAUACUGGGUAGAAUUAAGUAUACAGCUGGGACUUUUUCUAUCUAAUACUGGGUAGGGUUAAGUAUACAGCUGGGACUUUUUCUAUCGAAUACUGGGUAGGGUUAAGUAUACAGCUGGGCCUUUUUCUAUCUAAUACUGGGUAGGGUUAAUUAUACAGCUGGGACUUUUCUAUCUAAUACUGGGUAGGGUUAAGUAUACGGCUGAGUCUUUUUCUAUCUAAUACUGGGUAGGGUUAAUUAUACAGCUGGGACUUUUCUAUCUAAUACUGGGUAGGGUUAAGUAUACAGCUGGGACUUUUCUAUCUAAUACUGGGUAGGGUUAAGUAUACAGCGUGGACUUUUUCUAUCUAAUACUAGCUAUGCGGGAUUAAUCUACAUGUCCCAUUUUAUACACAAAGCCCAGUAUUACAUUAAAACUAUAAGUGAAGUUGUUGUAAACAGUUCUUUGAAAAUCUCACUAAGAUGUAUCAAAAUUUUAGGAUUUAUGUUGAGAUUUAUUUAAAUGAAGUGUUUGUGUUCAGCAUAAUAGGCAAAGUGUGAGAUAUAGAAAUUGUUAAGGAAAUAAAUCAUGUGCAUCUAUGGGUUUUUUUUAUUAAGUUUUUUGGAAAUUUGAUUCACAAUAGAAUGUGAUGGCCCAAUGGCAUAUUUUGAUUAAGUUAUAAAUAUGUGUAAUAUAUUUCUGUUCGUGUCAGUUGAAAGACCUCUCAAGCAAGAAAUACACCUUGAUAUAAUGUGUGCUGUAUUAUGAUAAUGGCAGUGGUAUUUUUGCAAUUUUUACAAUAAGAAUAAUCUACAAAUUCAACAUGGUCGUGAUUUUAAACUUAACUACUAAUUAAGGAACACUGCAGACCCGUAAAAAAAGUUAUAAACUUGAAUAAACAGUAGAUAUUUGUUUAUUUUCACAUAACUGCAAAAAUAUCAACAUCAAAGAAAUAUAUAAAUAUACAGUGAGUGUCAUAUUUAAGGGCAGAGUUAGUGUGUUGUUAAUCUAUACAAUUAAUAUAACUCACUGAUAUUUAGUCUUCAUGUUAAACAUGACUAAGGAUGGGUAAAACUUUAUUAUGAUAUUAUUUAAAUGUAUAACAAUGAUGUUUUUAAUAUGCUUUAAAUCUGUGUAACAGAACAGUCAUUCUGAAAUGUUGUCUGUGAUCUGUGUAAGAUAUUGGGAUGAUCUCAUGCUCAACACAUCAGAACUAGUGCUAGUAGGUAAUCUUGUUUGCCACACAUUUUGUUUUCUACAGAUCAUUGAAUGUCAUUUAGCUAUUGUGUAAUAGGAUCCUAACUGUAAUUUGUAUUUAUUGUACAUAUUUCUCCUGUAAAGAGAAAGUAAUUAUCUAAUACUUAAUAGAGAUAUACCACAACUUUUAUGAUUGUUUUGUGAAAUGGACCAAGUCUGUGUAAAAUAAGAACUCUCAGGUGUUGUAUGACCGGUAUGUUGGAAACUGGUAAGCACAUUAUAGUCAUCUAUCCGCCAGUCUUGUUCAGCUAUAUUGUAUGUAAUGGGAAUCAAAGGGUUGACCAAAUCAAAUUUUCUAUUUUUGUGUCUUUUUUGUGUCUUUUUAAAUAUCUUUUUAUAUAUUUAUAUGCUGCCUUCAUUUGUCCAUUAUUCACUGUGUGUAAAUACCCUUGAGCACAAUUGUUAUGGUCCAAUCCAAUGGUGUUUGGUAAAGCAGUUUUUAGCUCACCUGCCGGAAGGGCAAGUGAGCUUAUGCCAUGGUCCGGCGUCCGUCAACUUUUCCUAAA